GGCAUUGAUAUACACGAAAUAUUUGACAUCUUCUUGCUUCCUCUCCCCUUAUCCCAACCACCAAAACCCUUCCUUAUUCUUGGCUGAGCUUCAAGCUCAGCACAAAGCGGUAAGAAAAUGAAAAAUUUCUUGAAAUGUCUUGUUUGCUUCUCUGAAAAACAACCUAAGACCAGUUCAACCAAGAAUAGAGACUAUCCAUGGGAGAUAUACACCCUCAAAGAGCUUGUACAUGCAACAAACAACUUCCACAACAAUAACAAAAUCGGAGAAGGUGGAUUUGGAAGCGUAUAUUGGGGUCGAACAAGUAAAGGCGUCGAGAUUGCUGUGAAGAGGUUGAAGGCGAUGACUGCCAAAGCAGAGAUGGAAUUUGCUGUAGAGGUGGAGAUACUUGGCAGGGUUAGGCAUAAGAAUUUACUAGGUUUGAGGGGAUUUUACGCUGGCGGAGAUGAAAGAUUAAUAGUGUAUGAUUAUAUGCCUAAUCAUAGCUUAAUCACUCAUUUACAUGGACAACUUGCCGCUGAUUGCCUGUUGGAUUGGUCUCGGAGGAUGAAAAUUGCUAUUGGAUCAGCUGAGGGAUUAGCCUACUUGCAUCAUGAAGCAAACCCUCACAUAAUACACAGAGACAUAAAGGCCAGCAAUGUGCUGCUAGACUCCGAGUUCCAGGCAAAAGUGGCUGAUUUUGGAUUCGCCAAACUGAUACCUGAAGGGGUUACUCAUUUGACAACAAGAGUUAAAGGAACCCUAGGUUACUUAGCCCCCGAAUACGCCAUGUGGGGGAAAGUCUCAGAAAGUUGCGACGUCUACAGCUUUGGAAUACUGCUUCUCGAGAUAAUCAGCGCCCGGAAACCCCUGGAAAAGCUGGCUGGAGGGGUCAAGCGCGAUAUCGUGCAAUGGGCAACACCGUAUGUUCAAAAGGGUGCCUUUGACCACAUUGCAGACCCUAGAUUGAAGGGAGAUUUUGAUCGCGAUGAGCUGAAAAAAGUGAUCAUGAUCGCCAUGAAAUGCACGGAUGGGAACCCAGAGAAUAGGCCAAGCAUGUUGGAGGUGGUGGGGUGGCUCAAGGGUGGAGUAGGGAGCCGGAAGAAGGAGCUUGGAAUAGUGAAAAAUAAUUAUAUGAUUGAUGGAUAUGAUGAAGACGAGGACGAAGAAGACGAGGAAGAUUAUGAGACGGAUUAUGAGGUUUUUGGGAUGGAGAAAUAUGUGACAAGAUCAGGUGGGGAAAAGAUUUAGAUUGAUUUGAAGUUGUUGAGGUUGAAAUUGGGUAGUAGGUCUGCAAAUUAUUGAAUUUGAACGAGUUAUUGAAAUGUACAUUGCUAAAGAAAUUGCAUCCUUCUUGUUUGUACCAAUUCAAAUUCACAUUAUAUGUCUAUAUCCUUUUUGCCAA